AGGCUGCGCCCGCACCACGGGGGAGGCCGCCCGAAGGCCCGACGGGCGGCGGCGGACCUGCACCGGGGCAGGCGCCCGCGCGAUGGCCGCCCGGGGGGCGCCCGCGGGCGGCGCCCCGCCACGUGAGUUUGUGGACGUGCUGUGGGACAUCGGCGAGAGGCGGUGCUGCGACGAGGUGACCGUCCGAUACGACUGCGGCCACGCGUUCCACGCGGAGGUCUGGGCGAAGACUUUGCCCAAGACCCGCGAGUACGGCGCGUGGGAGGCCGAGCGGAGGCGCUUCAUGGAGCACAGCAUUUUCGCGCUGACGAAGGACCCCUCUGCUCUGAUGGUGCAAAUCACCGUGCACGAGGGCCGCUGCCGCCAUUGCGGCCGUGGCCAGCGGCACAUGCUCACCCUGGGCCGGCACCAGAUGGACCUCGCCAAGGAGCGCACCGCGCGGCGGCUGGAGCUGCCGCUGUCCAGCCACACUUUCUUGUCCGCGGUGGGCCAGGUCUGCCAGCUGCCCGACAGCAUCACGCUGCCGGCGCAGGCGAGCACCAUCAAACUGAGCGACGGCGACAAGCUGAGCGAUGGGCCGCAGUGGACGAGGCGGGAGGUGGAGGACGAGCUGAGGGCGGUCCUUCGGAAGUACGUCUGCGCCGCGACGGUGGUGCUCCUCUGCGCCAUCGCGCAGCUCACCUACCUGCUCCUGCUCCGCCUGAGGCCGCUGUCUGGCGCGGGCGCCCUCGAGCCCGAGCUCGCCGGCGGCGGCGCCAGCGCCGAGGGCCCAGGCGCCGCCGGGGCCGCGAGCGCGUGGGGGCUGGCCGCCAGGAAUUGGACCCUCGGCUCCCUGGAGGCGGGGCUGGCGAACUCCACGUGGGCGCUCUCGGCCAUGACGGCCUCUGUGCACCAGGCCUUCGGCCUGGCCGGGGACGGCGCCGAGGGCGCCCCUCUGCUGUGGUCGGUGCUCGUGCGCCCGGUCUGGCUGGUCGUCUCGGUGCUGUUGGCGCCCGUGCUGUGGGCGAUGGAGGUGGUGAUCGCCAUCCCGCGCUUCGUCGUGGUGGACAUUUGCUCUACGGUGCUGCGGCAGCUCGUCGCGCGCCCGCUCGGCUGGCUCUGUGGGAUGCUGGUCAGAGUCCUCCACGGCGCGGUGGUCUUCAUCAUCCAGUGCGUCUUCGCGCAGCCGACGGCCGUCAUCGCGCACAUCCCCAUGACCAACCCCAUCGAUGACCGCCGCGCUCUCGCUGCUGGUGGCGGCGCUGUCGGCCCCGCAGCCGCUGAGCCUGUCCUUCCCCAGCGUCUGCGCCGACCUGCCCGGGCUCGAGCUGGCGCGCGGGCUCCGCGCCUCCGUGGCCGAGUCCAAGCGCCUGGGGCCCCUCGUGCGCCGGCUGCACUCCGCGUGGAGGUCGGCGCGCAAGGAUCAAAGGCCGGGCUGAAGGGGAUCCCGACCAGCCGGGGCCAGAAGGACGCGGGCCGAGGGGCCGACCGCAAGCCGGACGCCCCCGGGCGGCCCGACAGGCCCCAGGUGGUGAAGCAGGACAGCAAGGCGCCGCUCGGCGGCGCAGCCGCGGAGAAGAUGUCGGCGCCCGCCUGCUUCGUCUGCUUGGAUCGACCUUCCCGGUACGUCCUGGAGCCGUGCGGCCACAGGGUCGUGUGCAGCGAGUGCGCGGUGCAGCUGGUGGAGGCUGCUGCGCGGAACCGCUCCCUGGAACAGGCCUCCGGCGGCGGCGGCCACCACUCGGAGCGGGGCGGCGCCUGCCCGAACUGCGGCACGGCCGUCGCGCGCGCCGUGCGGCUCUUCUCCUGAGGCGCGGCCGGCGCGGUGGCGGCGCGGCUGCCCGAGGCCCUCGGGGGCCCUGGGCGGCCCGGAGGGCGCGCGCGCGCGUUGGCGCUGGCCGGGGUGCCCUCGGGGGCGCCGGCCGGGGUGCCCUCGGGGUGCCCUCCUUUGCGGCUCUCCCUCCAGACCCCCGGCGUCGUGAGGUCUGGGUUUGCGGCUCCCCCCUUCUCCCUCGGCAAGGGGAGGGGCGCUGGAUUUCUGGGCAGCGGGGAGCCCCUGCUCACCUCGCACCUCCUCGCUGCGACCCCCCAGAGGCAGAUGCAGCCUCGGACGCCCUCCACGACCAGCCAGGAGGGCGUUGCGGCAUCCAGGGGGCAUUUCGGCUUCCAUGGCGGCGCUCAAAAGAGGCCAGGCUUCCUCCUCCUCCUCCUCCUCCUCCU